UGCUCUGGGUCGUGUGCUCUAACCUCUCUCUCUGAUCUGGGCCUCACUAAUGUCUCUGUCUCUGAUCUUUUUCUCUCAAACCUGUGUCCCAACGGGAUCGUUAAGAUUCGGAUUAACCGAGAAGGCUACCACAGGUCCAACCACUUCAUAGCCACCCAAGGGCCCAAGCAGGAGAUGGUGUACGAUUUCUGGCGCAUGGUGUGGCAGGAGCACUGUUCCAGCAUCGUGAUGAUCACCAAGCUGGUGGAGGUGGGCCGGGUGAAGUGCUCCAAAUACUGGCCAGAUGACUCGGAGAUGUACGGGGACAUCAAGAUCACCCUGGUGGAGUCAGAGACUUUGGCUGAGUACGCUGUGCGCACCUUCGCCCUCGAGAGGAGGGGUUACUCAGCCCGGCACGAGGUGAAGCAGUUCCACUUCAUGUCGUGGCCUGAGCACGGUGUCCCCUACCACGCCACGGGGCUGCUGGCCUUCAUCCGCAGGGUGAAGGCGUCCACCCCGCCCGAUGCCGGCCCCAUUGUCAUCCACUGCAGUGCUGGCACGGGGAGAACCGGCUGCUACAUCGUCCUGGACGUUAUGCUGGACAUGGCUGAGUGUGAGGGUGUGGUGGACAUCUACAACUGCGUGAAGACCCUCUGCUCACGGAGGAUCAACAUGAUCCAGACAGAGGAGCAGUACAUCUUCAUCCACGAUGCCAUCCUGGAGGCCUGUCUGUGUGGGGAGACCAGCAUCCCCGCCAGCGAGUUCAAGCCCACCUACAAGGAGAUGGUGAGGAUUGAGCCACAGAGCAACUCCUCGCAGCUGCGGGAGGAGUUCCAGACCCUGAACUCGGUGACCCCACACCUGGACGUGGAGGAGUGCAGCAUCGCACUCCUGCCCCGCAACCGGGAGCGCAACCGCAGCAUGGACGUGCUGCCGCCCGACCGAUGCCUUCCCUUCCUCAUCUCCGUGGAUGGAGACAGCAACAACUACAUCAACGCGGCCUUAACCGAUAGCUACACCAAGAGCGCUGCCUUCAUCGUCACCCUGCACCCCCUGCAGAACACCACCACUGACUUCUGGCGGCUGGUGUAUGACUAUGGCUGCACCUCCAUCGUCAUGCUCAACCAGCUCAACCAGUCCAACUCUGCCUGGCCCUGCCUGCAGUACUGGCCCGAGCCAGGGCUCCAGCAGUACGGCCCCAUGGAGGUGGAGUACGUGUCCGGAGCGGCGGAUGAGGACAUCGUGUCCCGGCUCUUCCGAGUCCAGAACAUCACACGGUUGCAGGAGGGGCACCUGAUGGUCCGGCACUUCCAGUACCUGCGGUGGUCGGCGUAUCGAGACACUCCCGACUCCAAGAAGUCCUUCCUGCACCUCCUGGCCCAAGUGGAGAGGUGGCAGAAGGAAAGUGGGGAUGGCAGGACCGUGGUGCACUGCCUGUGAGUGUCCCCUGGGGAGGAGCAGGUUCUG